AUGAAUAAAUUUUUAAUUUUAAAAUUUUUUAUUUUAUUUAUAACAUUGUUUAUUAAUCAAUCAGUUUCACAAAAUAAUGAAAUUGAAUUGGGUGGGACUUGCGAACCUUUCAAUGAAACAUCAGUUUGCUAUCCCUAUUUAAAUUACACAUCGUUUUAUUUACCACCAAACACAACAUUUCAAUCAAUUAAUAAAAAUGCAUCAGAUAAUUUGGGAUUAUUACAAUUAACAACAAAAGAAUGUAAAUCAAAUGCAACCUAUUUAUUUUGUUUACAGAGCUUCCCACAAUGUAAUAUAGUCGAAGAAACAUUACCAGACAACACAAUUAAAAAUUUUUAUUUACCAUCUUUACCAUGCCACGAUGUUUGCUUAUUAUCUGAGGUACCCUGUAAAGUAUAUAUAGAAAAGUUUUUUCAAACACUAUCUUGUAAUUCAACAUAUAGCAAUGGUAUCGAUAUGUUUCCGAUGAACGAUACAGGAUACUCAAUAAUAGAACCAGGUCAAUAUAACUUUAGUAUACCCAUUCAAUGUACAAAUACAGAGGCUUUAAUUAAACAAAAUAACAGUAAUGAAAUAGAGUGUCCUUCCCCACUACUCAAUGCAAAAGAUUAUGUAAAAGAAGGCAAAGACUUAUAUUAUUAUGUAACUGACUCUUGUAUUAUAGAUUGUCCAUUCGAUAUUUACCCAAAAGAUAAAAUGAAGAUUUUAGAUGGUGCUAAUUGGGCUUUAACUGUUAUAUCAUUUGUUACCUGUACCUAUAUGAUAUUAACAUUCGGUGUGCUUCCAAAUAAAAUAACUCAUAAUAUGGAAAGUAUUUUAUCAUUUGCAUGUGGGGCAUGGAUUACUUGUUUUAGUCUCUUUUUACAAAGUGCUGAUGAUAAUUUUAGCUGCAGCCUUCACGAUAGAGGUAGAUUUAAAUCACAAUCAGAUCAUUUAUGUUUAUUGGUUGGUCUCUUAUUUCAAUUUGGUGCUAUCACCUCUAUUUUCUGGUGUCCAGUAAUAACAUAUGAAGUUUAUAUUAACUCUAAAAUGCAACAAUUAAAGCAUUUUGGUAGAUAUAGAAUUAUCAUUUGGUCAUUGCUAGUUAUACUAACAGCUUUACCAGCAUUUGGAGGUAAAUACGGUGCGACUGUAGCAACAUCAGGUUGUUGGAUUUCCAGCGAUAAUGGUGGUGUAUGGCAAUACCUCUGUUUUUAUAUACCCAGCUGGAUCUCCAUGGCUUUAAUGACCGUAUUUGCAAUCUUAUCAGUCAUAAAUAUCACUAAAAUGUAUUUAAAAACUCCAAAUAGACUCAUUUUAUUUUUCAAUGCCAAAAUUGUAUUCACAAUUAUAAUUCUAUUAUUCGAUUUAACAUUUGCAGCAUCAUUAAAGUUUUAUAUGGAAGAAAGAAUGGACGAUUUCUUUGAUUCAGUUUAUUUAUGGGCACAUUGCAUCAGUACAACUGUAGGUGAUAAAUCAGUAUGUGUAUUAAAUGCCCCUGGGUAUGACUUUAAAGCAUUAAAUGUAGUUGUAGUUUCAAUUUUAGGUUUAACUGUGUUCAUUGGUUUUGGUAUUGACCCAUUAGUAAUCACAAUUUGGUCUGAAAGUACAAAAUUACAUUGGGUUAUAAAUAAAUUAGGUUUAGAUAAACAUUUUAAUUUAUCAUCAUCAUCAUCUGGUUCAAAUAGUAAUAAUAAUAAAAGAAAAAAUACUCUAAAUCCAAAAAAACCAAAAUUAUCUUCAAUCGGUAAUGAUACAACAAGUAGCUCUUCAGAAAAUAAUGUUAUAAUAUUAUCUAAUUUUGAUAAUAAUAAUAAUAAUAAUAAUAAUAAUAAUAAUAAUAAUAAUAAUAAUAAUAAUAAUAAUAAUAAUAAUAAUAAUAAUAAUAAUAAUGGUAAUAGUAGUAAUAAUAAUAAUAAUAAUAAUAAUAAUGGUAAUGUUUUGCAAGAAAAUAAUGUGUAA